AUGGCGACAGUACGGACGACAUCCUUAGAUGAGCAUUCAAGGGCCGAUAAGAAGCGUAAACGGAAACAAAAUGGUAAGUCAAAAGAUUUAUCAAUAUCUCCAUCUUGUGCUGUAUCGUCUACGUCGUGUUCUUGUCUCAAUCCACAGCUGGAAACCCUUGAAAAUUGGCAUCGGGCGUUGACAAUUGAUUUGCGUGAAGUACGACGUGAGGGCUUUCGUGUACGUCUUGAACUGGAGAAAAUGAAUGAAACAGUGGAAGAGGCAGUAGAGAAAGCACAAGAUUGUGCUCUACGAGCUCAGAGCAUUGAGGAAUACGUCAAGAGAGAGAGUCGUAAAGCGAUAGAGAAGAGAGUGGAAGAGGCGGUGGAUCAUCAAGUACAAGCAGUCAAAGCUCAUGCAAGUGGUGAAAUGAGGAAAUUGCACAAGAGUUUGAUGAGUCUGGACAAGAAAGUGGAGACAUAUAAUGCAAAUAGUAUCAAUGAAGAGCUCUUGAUGACACAGUUGACGCAACUGCAAGAAGAGAAUGAGAAGGAAUGGAUUAAAGUACAAAAGGAGUAUGAUGUGGUCAUGACGACACAGCAGAAACGAUUGAAAAAGAUGGAGAAAAUGAUAAUGCAAGUGAACCAGAAGGAACAGCAUCAAAUGCAUCGGAUGGAAGAGUUGGAAAAGUUGGUGCAUACGUUGAAAAAAGAGAACAAACGAUUGAGUCAGAAAAUGACUCAAAUGGCGACACGACAGGAGGUUGAGAUAUUGCAGCAACAAGUUGAAAUAAUCAAGAGAGAGAAUGAACAUGGACGUGGACGAAUGAGAGUUGGCUUGAAUGUGUGUAACGAUCGAUUGGAUGAAGUUGAAAAGAAAGUGGUCGAGACGGAGAAUAAAGUACUGGAUGUGAAGACAUUAAUGGAGAAUGUUGGCCCAGGUGUGGCAGGCUCAACCCCAGCUCAACUCAUGCACUCAUUUCCAUCACGGGGUUUUCUGCGUCAAGCAGAUCUUGUUGGGAUUUAUGAUGAAUUACAACGCAUUAACCGAGAUUUCCAAGCUGUUGCGGUAGAUUUGACAUCCCUGGCGAAGCGGACAGACACUCUUGGAAGCGAGCGAGAGAAGCACGCGGAAGCGAAAUUGCAGGAGCUUAGUACACAACUGUUUAACGCGUUGAAUCACGAUUCGCGUCUGCAUGCUGCUGAAAUUCGUCGAUUGAAGGACGCUAUGCUUGACGUGCAAAACAAUUACUACGACCUGGGCCAGAGGAUGAGGCGACUAGAAGACGACGUUCAGCAAGCAACAGCUUUUCGUGUGCAAGCGAGAUCUCCUCGAGAUCGUGGUAGAGGGCCCGGGCGGCGCUAUGAGCAAAAUCCGCCCUCAUUACUGCCAACACAGCCGCAACCACCAUCAUCAGCAACCUUUCGGAAUCAUCGAGAUAGACCCUCGCGCUAUGAACCAGCUCCUGCUACUCGCAAGAGCUUGGCGCCGGCAAUCGAGCCGUCACCAUUAGAUCGCAUCACAUGGGCACCGCGGGAGACAAAUCGCAGCCGUAGUCGGAGUCCACCCCGCCGUAUGUCGUGGAAUGCUUCUAGAGGCUUGUACAGCGAUUCUGAACCAGCUGUACCAGCUCCAAAUAGUAGCUGCUAUCGGCAUGACGACCAACGGUAUGAUCAUCAAAGUAACAACGGAGUGAAUGUUGCAAUGAAUCUACCGUCGCAACCGAUAGAUUCCUCGCCAGGUGCUUGCAGGGACACCAGAAGAGAUACAGCUGAGCACAACCAAGAAAAGAAGACGACUGCACCUUUUCGCCGCAACCGACAGCCUCGUAAGAUUCCAGAGGUUAUUGUCAUUGAGGAGGACAAUGAUCAUGAAGACGACGAUGAAGAAGAGGUGGUCACAGUGCAGAGUAGGGCUCCACCGGAUGUAAUUAUGGAUGAAGGAGUGUCGCAGCCUGUCGAUGUUGUUAUGACGCCGCCGCAAGGUAUGACAAAUACCAAACAUGCAGAUACAAUCGAUUUCUUGCAGAAAGAAGAGGACCUCCAAAUGGGCUUUUGGCUGUAUUUUUGCUUGGGUGGCGCUCCUGAUCUUGAUGUCCAGUGGACCACUUAUUUUACGCAGCUAAAGGCCGAUGAUUGCGUGGAGAUGCCUCGGGUUCUCCGCUUUCAGCGCCUAUAUGUUUCUUUCCAAAGCUUUCCGGUGUACUUGACGCAAUGUAUUCUCCAAGCUGUGAUUGUAAAUGGACAAAGCGUGCGAGAAGAGAUUGGCGCUGAGGUUGCCGGAAUAACUAGCGCACAGAGCGCUCAAAACCUACAUGCUAAGUUCAACGAGGUCGUGAAAGAAGUUCAUCUGUUAUGGGCGAAGACACUCGCUAAGCACUUGACGAAACGAGCUAGCGCACUUGGUGAUUUGGCUCCGGAGAAACUAGAGCUGUCAGUUAAUCCUGCAGGGCUAUCGAGCCCUGUAGACAAGGACGAUGUCAUUUACGGGUGGAGUCGCCGUCAAGAAUCCGUGAUGUGGCUACUAGCACGACAGCUUCACUAUGGAUCGUUCUUACCAGCAAUGAUCUGCAACGUAGACACGUCUCCAUCCGUGUACUUAUUUACUCUCAUGUUUGAUGUGCUUACCGUGACAAGCGAAUGUCCUCAAUUUGGCAGCUUUCGUUUGAAUAGCUUUGGAAGCACAUUGAUGACACACCUUUGGGAUCAGACGCUAACAAAGCUGCCGUACGUGUUUUUUGUGGACUGGGCAUGGCUUGAAGAUCAGUCGACAACAAAAGUAAUGCCCGCGUUGGCCUUCUGCCACAUACUGGCUAGUAUUCUGCUGUGGAACAGCGCGAUUGAUCAUAAUAGCCUGACAAAUCGGAACAUUUAUGCGGCAACAGUGAAGCAUAUUUUCCCAAAACUCUAUGUAGGCGGCCAAUCCGUCCAUGACUCGACUGCCAAUAUCAGCUCUCUCCAGCUCGCCGAGUGGGAAUUCAAUCGUAUUGAGCUCCAUGAUCUUGACAGCACAUUCGCAUCAAUGCUUGGACUGGAUGGCUUUUUCGAAGUUACGGAAGCUAUCCAGAACAACAUGCGCGCCGCAACAGCAGCGGUGAAAGGUUAA